GAAAGUGCUGAAGUGCUAUUUCGCCCCUGCACAAGGCAGGCAUAUCGCUCCUUCGGCCAACCUGAGCCCAUGCGAGCGCCGUGCGCCCAUGUGCCGGGGCCGACUCUGGUGGACAGCCGGCAGUUGUUUCGCGCUGUUCUCCGUGUCCCACUUCUUCAUCGGCCAAAUGGCGUUGGAGUCUCCGCCUGAGAGCAGUGCGCUGCGCGUCGACCUCUCCCGGGCGUUGCUCAGCGCCAGAACACGCCGCGGGACCAAUGCCGCGGCCAACGACAGCAACAGCAGCAAUCUGACGGAGUCGAUUGCCACCGUUCCCGCGCGGCUACUCCCUGGCGACGCUAGCACAACCAACACAGCGCCCACCGCAACUUCACAGCCCUUGAACGGGCAAGAAGUGCAUACUACCUCCAGCACAGCCAGAACGGCGGCACCCUCCUCACCUUCACUACCAGUCACGGCGCAAGCUUCACACACCACAGGUUCUAGCACCACCAACACAGCAUCACCCACGCUAGCUUCACAGCCCUUGAACGCGCAAGUUGUGCAUACCACAGCCACUAGCACAACCACCAAUGCAACUCCCACAUCACCUUCACAGCCCUUGAGCGCGCAAGAUGUGCAUACCACAGCCACUAGCACAACCACCAAUGCAACUCCCACAUCACCUUCACAGUCAUUGACGGCACAAGAUUCACGUACCACAGGAGCUAGCACAACCAACGCGGCAUCACCCACAGUAACUUCGCAGCCCUUGAACACGCGAGACGUGCAUACUGCAGCCACUACUUCACUACGAGUAACGGGACAGGAUUCACAUACCACCAGCGUGAGCGCAGCCAGCUCGGCACCAUCCACAGUAACUUCACAGUCCUACACGCGUGACGUGCACACGACUGCCGCUGGCACAACCAGAACAGCAGCCACGUCACCCACAGAGCCAUUGACGAAACAAGAUUCACAUACCACAGCUGGCGCGGCGGGCAUCACGCUGGCACCUCAGCGGCCCCGGAGCAUCAGACCCAGCACCGCCUACGCACGGGGGCUGAACCUGGCAGAGAGCCAAGAGGUGCGCCACCGCUCAAAGUGCUGGGCCAACUGCACCUCCCGCCUGAAGUCGCCGUGGCUGGUUUUGGCCGGCGACACCAACUGGAGGCUGGUCUUCCAGCUGCUGCAGGGCCUUCUGGAGGGCGCGGGUUUGCAGGUGAAGAGCCGUGCCCCAAACCCCACAGACCGCCAGACCCCGGAGGAGGUACAGGCGGCCUGCAUGCGGCCGCCCAACUUUAAGAUCACCUGGCGCGGGGAGCUUUGCUGCCCUCACUACUUCGACGACGACAUCCUCUACAGCUUCGGACCCCGAGAAAUCCGAAUCUCCUUCCGCUUCGUGGCCUGCGCGGAGCAACGGCUGAAGAUCUCCAAGGAGACUCAGCGCUCCCUGGUGGUGGGGUCCCCGCUGCAGCGCUGCUGCCUGCGGCUCAAGAACGAGGAGAUUGACUUCGAGUCGUUUCAGAUUUGCGGUCAAGCCCCCAGGAUCCAGAUGCCGGUGAACCACAAAGCCUACCACAAGCCCCACAUGCUGGUCUUCAACCACGGGCUGUGGCACUUGCCAGAUGGCAACGGGACCUGCAACGCGACCUUCGGGCAUUGCCUAGCUGACAAGCAGGAUCGCCCGAAGGGGCGUCAGGGCCGGCAGAUGGGCAUCGCCUCCGCGCUGGCAGAGAUCCAGGCGGCAGGCAUUUCGGUGCUGUGGGCCAGCAAUCCCUUGGUGGAGCCCGGGCUCCGCGUCUCGCGGAAGCGGGUGAAGGAGGACCUGAGCUGCCAACGGGAGGCGGCCAAAGCCAGCAACGUGUCCGUGCUCGACGUGGUGAGGCUUUUGGAGCCGAAAGCGCUGAACUACUCGCUGAACCGGCACUACUUCAAGGAUGUGCUCGCGGAGCAACUGCUGAAGGAUAUCAUGUCCGAGCUGGGCUGCAGCUGCUAGUUACGAGAGGAGGCAAGCGCAAAACAAAUCUCGGGCA